AUGGCAGAGGUCAUCGGCAUCGUCGCCGCCGUCUUUCAGAUCGCGGAUCUGGGAGCACGGCUAUCGGUCAAGCUUUACACCUUCUCGCACAAGGUCAAGCACGCCAAAAAUAGCGUCGAAGCUAUAUCGAAGGACAUUUCUAUGACUGGGAAUGUCUUACGACAGCUUGGAACGGAGCUUAAGAAGGAAGAGUAUGCUAAGCUAUGCACCGCCGAGGCAUUGAAGGCCGCCCAAAGCCUUGUAGACGAAUGUCAUGGAGUCUUUAGCGACAUCGACGCCGCUAUGGGGAACGCGAACAAUCCCGCUGGGAUCGGUGGCAAGGUGGUGAUGAGCUUCAAGAAUCGUCUGAGGUUUCCAUAUGUGCAGCAACAAGUCGAAGCACUUCAAGCAAAUCUUGAUCGCCUGAAGAACUCGUUGCUUGUCAUGCUUAACGUGCUCAUAUUGGCAGGUCAGCUCAAAAGUCAAACCGCACUACCACUGCUACAGGAGCAGAAAGACCUGCUCACUGCCCUUCACCAGGAUCAAAGAGAUGCACAACAGCGAUUCGAGGACCUCACUAAACGGCUGGAAUCGGUAUCAACGGCGCCAAAUGCGCAACAGCAGUCCGUCGCAUCGGUCGCUGACCAAAAUCCCACCACGAGUGUUACCCCAGUCAUGUCAUUACUGGCAAUCACAGAGCCUACGCCACCACCAGUACUCGCGACAGCAAUGACAACGUCGACUACGACCACGACAACGACGAGCACUAUUCUAGCAGAAAGCCAAAGUCCUGCAGUUCCGUUCGACAAGUCCGAUAUUGGCCGAUCGAUCGAGGUUUCUGACCAUUGCCGGCUGGUCGAGACACUCAUUGAUGAAAUCAACCUCCCAAAGUACGAAAUCAGAUCUUCGCUUCGGGACCAAGCACAGGAAGCUGUUUUCAGACACCAUUUCGAUUCCUGGAAGGAUCACUUUGGCCGGCUCGAUAUCGCUUCUCUCGAGGCUUGGGCGAGAUACCAAAGGAUCAAGCAUGCGUGGAUGGGAAUGGCUGGCUUGACAGGGUCAGUUGCCUGUCUCACAGGCAUAGCACCUUUGCAUUUCAUGGCCCGACAACAGCAAGAUCCACCGCCAGUCGCGAACGCAGUGUCUGCAGACCACUCACCAGGAGUUCAUCCCGGAAAUUCCAUUAGAUCCACCACAAGCGACGUCUCCGAAGACAGCCCGAUCAUCAUGGAAGCCGUCGAUCCUGGCAGUCCGGGAGUCUCCGACGAAAAGAAGAGCCCCGAUACUUCUCAAGCCAAGAUCGAAGGCAACGUGCUCGCUUACAUCAACAACGUCAACGACAAGGUCGAUGCUCGUCUUCUACGCGAAGCUCUGGAAAAGCACGGCGAGUUGAGAUAUUUUGAUGUCUCUCAGAUGCGAAACUGUGCUUUUGUCGAAUUCGCCACCCCUGCUGGCUAUGCUGCAGCUGUUGCUGCAAAUCCCCACGCCGUUGGAACUGAAACCAUCACGGUCGAAGAGCGCCGUCCUCAUCCAAAUGCCUAUGGUGGUGCCAACGACUUUCCGGGAGAAACCACAUUGAGUGACGCCGACGACGAAACCUCGAUCGCAUCCUCAGUGUUUUUCGAGGAAAUACACGGGUAUAUUCCCAGGUAUGCCGAAUCACUGAUCAAGCGAAAUCCUUGCCUCAGAGACCGGGUCUGGCGAGACUUUAUUAAAAAUAACCCCAAUGCGAUUGCAGAUGCCAGCGAGAGUAGAUUCUAUUUCGAUGAAGCGGAGGAUGUUUUCAGGAAGGGCAACAUACCAAGGACUAUUUCAUGUAUAAGAAUUGGUGUAGUGCUCCUGAUUGUCGGAGGAAAAAAGUCAAGUGAAUAUGAGAGGCUUUUCGAUAUCCUAGCAGGAGAUGUAGUCGACAAGCUGCAGUCCAAUUUGUUUCAAGCCCGAUGCGUCAGUCACUACAUUAAGCUACUCAAGGCCAAGGGGAAACAGGCCCAGUCUGCCGCAAGUGGCUUCCGAGCCGCGCAACGUGGAUGGUCGCCGUCGUUCUCACAAAGGACUCUCCGCGAGUUUCACCCAUCGCCAGACUCCGUCCAGGGGGACGCUGUCGAGCUCAGCGACAAUGACCAGCCGUCGACAUCUCUUCAUGGACAUGAAAUCGAGGACGACAACGGCGAAUGGGAAGACAUUGAUUCAGAUGGUACCGACUAUUCUGAUGUGGACGGCACAGAUACAGCGCCUCUCAAACACCAGUUGAGGGACCACGCAAACGAUCCACGCUGGGUCAAGCGAAGACUGCCUGGUUCAGGGCGAGACCGGAUGCUUGAUUCAUGGCGCGCCCGGACAAAUGGUUUCGUGACGAGGCGACGUGCCUCUUGCCCUGCUAUGGAGAGCGUAGUAGUUGCAGAAGCAGACGAUGACAUGGUUGAAGUCAUCGAAGAACAUUCCGAAGAGCAUUCGUUUGACUGGGGACCUAACAAGAGGCAGAUGAGCCACAGGACUGUCGAUCCAGCUAGCUUUGGCGAUCGCGACGCCAUGAGUCGAGGCUCUCUACCCUCCGACAAUGUCGAGGUUCCGGCACCGAGGAAAGGCAUAACGAAGAUGCCGAAGGGGUUGAUACAUACGCAAGUGCUGAACGAUCUGGCUAUGCCUAUCACGAGGAGACUUAAGGACGAGAACAAUAUCAUCAUCAGUAACGCAUUGAGUCCGGAGAAUAUCGAGGCAGUACCCACAUUGUCGAAGCUCAGAAUCGCGCGUGAAACUGUGAGGAGACAACUCAAUGCGGCACCGUCCUCCAGGCGGAGCAGUGUACCCCGGAACGGGAUCGCAUUCGACUGCACGUUUACGACAGACGAUCCAGAGGUUGAGAGUAAUUUUGCAAGCAAUGAGGACAUGGAUACUGCAGACGGACCUGUUCGCAGCUACGCGGGACUUCCAUUCCCGCUCCCUCCUCAUGAGAAUCCAGAACCCAUACCACCGAGCACAGCAGACUACUCUUCGGCCACCUGUAUUCCAGGUCAAGUGGCUGUCAUGCAGGACGAGCCGAUUCCAGCGCUGACAACAGCAACACCAGAUGUCCAAGCAAACGAUGACGCGACUGUUGAGGAUCUUCUGCGCCAGUAUACCAUCGUCGAAGAGGAACAGCUGGCACGGCUGCGGGCCCUCUGGGGACUGGCCCUCGACGAGUUUGCUGCCCAAUGGGAUUAA